UGGUGAGCCUAAAUGCACUUUGGGACUGGUUAGGACUCAUAUUUUAAGUAGGAUACCAAUCCAGCGAAAGAGGGUUUUGUAAACCCAAGUGAAACCAUGGGUUUCGAAGCCUCCGCCUCCGGCUUUCACUGCGUACGCAGAGCACCUCCUUCUCAUCGUCUCUUUUUCUUCUUUUCGUUCUCCCUGUGACUUCAACACCUCUUUGUGCCAUUAUGAAGCUGAACAGAGGAAAGGUGGAGGCUGAUAAGGAAGGAAAGAAUGAAAAGAUGAGGAGGAGGAAAGAGAAGAGGAAGAGAAAGGAAAAUGUAGAGAUUAAGCAGAAAAGGCAAAAUCUGCAGGAUAAGGGGCACAAGAUUGAUGGAGAGAAGAAAGUUCAAGAAACAACUGACAGUAAAAUAAGAAAAGAUAAUCUCACUGAAGAGGUCAAGAAGCCCAAGAAAUUUGAGGGGAAUCAUGACUCUUCUGGAAGCUUCUGUGCUUGUUGGGUUUGCUCCCUUCAUGCAGACAUUGAUCUUCUCUUGCCAUGUCUUUUUCAACUGAAAAAAUGCCUGGAUCAAGUGCUAUAUAGAAAACCAGUUUGUUUAACUCCCACACUGACAGACACUGCUGUGCAAGAGAAGUUUAAGAAAACUUCUAUAGCUGAUGAGAAGGCUGAAGCUGUUCUUGUACCCAGCUUCUCUCAAAAUGGUUCUCUGCAGAUAGAAUCACGAUUUAAAGAGUUGGUUUUGAAUUGGGUUCCUCCUCCCUUGGAGAAUCUAAGCAGUGAAUUUAAUGAUCAAGAUCAACAGUGGCUCAAUGAUGGAGUGUCACUCAGGAAUGACACAAAUAAAAAAAUUAAUGCUAUCAAUGAUCAUUUGUGCUAUCCAUUUACAAUGCUAUUUUAGGAAUGAGUGUGAGAAACUCAUGCCAUUUUGUAAGCCGGUUUAUUUUGAUGUAAUCAGAUCGAAGUAAGCUUAACCCGGAA